AUGGCUGUGGAGGCCGCCAUCAGCCUGCAGCUCAAUGCCUUCCUGGUGCACACCAUGGCAGACGGCCGCCUUCUGCGCCAGAUGAUCGCGCAGCAAUUCCAGGGCAUCGGCGGCAUCCGCCCCUCCGUGUUUGUCGUCAACUUCGACCUGCCGCAGCACGUCAUCCCGCCCGCCUCCCAGCCCCCGCCCGCCAUCCCCACCAUCUACCGCGUGCUGCGCUGCGCCGACCGCAAGGUGGCGGCGCCCAUCCUGAACAACCUGGUGGACCAGGCGCACAUAGAGAAGCUGGCGCUGGGCGGCAGCGGGGAGGCGUGCAAGUCCGCGGCCUGGCAGGCGCAGAACGUGUCUGCCUGCUACGCCCCCGACGGCAGCAAGUACUACCGCAGGGGGUCCACCAACACUUCCAUCCCGCCCCCGCACUGGCUGCGCUGCGCGCGGCUGGGCGUGUCCGCGGCGCAGCAGACGAGCGAGCUCGAGAGGGAGGUGCAGCGGGCGCAGCAGGAGCUGGCGCAGCUGGAGCUGCAGUUCCAGCAGGCGCAGGCCGAUGUGGCGGCGGCGAACGCGGCCGAGGUGGAGGCGCGGCGCGGCGUGGCCGCAGUCAAGCGCAAGCGGUGGGAGACGCAGACGGUGCUGACGCAGCUCACCCAGCAGCCGCCGCCCGAGGUGCUGGCGGCCACGCAGGGUGGCGGCGACAACGACACGCACGCCGAGAUCUGGCAGGCAGCCCAGGCCUGCAUCGACCUGGAGCAGCAGCUGCGGGAGAAGCAGGGUGCGGCGGAGGAGGCCGGGGCGGCCGCGCGGCAGGCGGUGGACGCGCUCCGUGAGAAGAGGGAUGCCAUGACCCGGCUGAACGAGGAGAACGAGGCAUUUGUGUCUAGCUACCACCAGGAGGUGGAGCAGCUGCAGGCGGUGGCUGCCCGGCUGGCGGAGGCGCGGGAGGCGGGCGAGGCGGCGCGCGCGCGGCGCGCCCAGCUGCAGCAGCUGGCCGCGCAGCAGGCGCAGGAGCUGGCGCAGGUGGAGGAGGGCGCGGCGGCGCUGUGCUCGCGAGAGGCCGCGGACGAGGCGCGGCGAGCUGUCGAGGAGAGGCUGCGCGGGAAGAGAGACAUGGGGGAGGAGGAGGUGGCCAGCCUGCUGACGCCCGAGCUGCUGCGGAAGAAGGUGGCGCUGCUGGAGCGAAAGAUUGCGGAGCACGAGCGGGCGGCGGGCGGCAGCCUGGCGGAGCUGCAGGACGCCUUUGCCGCCAGCUCAGCACGCAUGGGGCGCGACGGGCGGCGCUUCCGCGAGGCCAUCUCCACCUACCAAGUGGUGGACGAUGCGCUCAAGCUGCGCACCAAGAAGCUCAGUGAGCUGGACCACCGGCUGGAGGACCUGGUGAAUGCCAAGUUCAGGCAGUACAUGUGGAAGAAAGGGCACUCGGGCAUGAUCAAGCUGGACCGCAAGGCGCAGAGCCUGCAGCUCAAGGUGCAGAUAGGCUGCAAGGGCAGCAAGGAGGGCGGCGCGGUCAAGGACCUCAAGCAGGCAAGCCUGCAGCUGCUGGUGCUGUCUGGCGGCGAGCGCAGCUACACCACCGUGGCGUUCACGCUGGCAUUAGGGGGCCACACAGAGAUGCCCUUCCGGGCCAUGGACGAGUUCGAUGUGUUCAUGGAUGCCAUCAACCGCAGGGUGGCCAUGCAGAAUCUCUUCUGCUUCGCCAAGGAGUAUGCAGAGCUGCAGUUCAUCUUCCUGACGCCACAGGACAUCAGCGCUGUGGACGACGCGCGGCAGGCCUGCCAGCAGCAGGGCCACGAGCUGCCCGCCGGCUUUGUGCGCGUCAUCUCCAUGCGCCCGCCCCGCGCCAACGCCACCCGCGUGCAGUAG